GUAAAAAUGUUCGUGAUGGCGUAACAACUGUAGAAUAGUCGGUUAUCAAAGAAGCGUAAUUGUAGCCACUUCCAAUUUACAGGGAACUGUAUUAUUUGUACCGACAAUUUGAAAAAACAGUUAAUUAGUGCCUUAUUGCGGGAAAAUGUUCAAGAAAAAAGGUCUAAGUUUUGAGGAGAAAAAGGCUAGGAUGUUGCAAUUGUUUCACGAGACUGGGGAUUUUUAUCAAAUGAAUGAAUUGGAAAUAAUUGCGCCAAAGGAGAAAGGAAUUACGGCGAAUUCUGUGAAAGAAGUGGUCCAAGCUUUGGUGGAUGAUGGUUCUGUUGAUAAGGAUAAGAUCGGGAGUUCCGUCUACUUUUGGGCUUUUCCCAGCAAAUUACUUAACGCGAAAAAACGCAAACUUAACGAGCUUCAAACGAAAUUAGAAUCGUCAACAAAAAAAUUGAAAUUAAUUGACGAAACUAUGGAAAAAGCGCAGGUGGGGAAAGAGAAUUGGGACGACAGCCAGAUUUUGAAGGAAAUUGAAAAACUGGAAAAACAGAAAGAAAAAUUCGAAUCUCUGUCGAAAUCUCACACAGAUACUCAAAAUUUGAAAUUAAUGCAAAGUGAGAUAAAACCGGUAAAAGAAGCAGCAAAUCGAUGGACUGAUAAUAUCUUCGCGGUCAAAUCAUGGUGCAAAAGGAAGUUUAUGAUGGAAGAUAAGGUUUUAAAUAAGCAGUUUGGGAUUCCCGGAGAUUUGGAUUAUCUGGCAUGAUUGAGGUUAUGUCAAACAAAAACUCAAAAAAAUUGUUAGGGCCUUACCAGGUCACCAAAACGCCUUUCAUUACAUUAACCAUUGUUGAUAAUCGAGAAUUGUGUACUUUUUUAAAUCAGAAAUAAAUUAUUUUUCUUACAAAA